UGUAUAAAUAACAGACCGUUCGCUCCCUGGAAGUGUAGGCACAUGAGCGCACUGUCCCUGUCACAUCAUAAGCGCAUUCACUGCACAAGACUGCACUUCUUACCGAAGUCGACGACGGCUCGCAUAUGCUUCAGGCGCACUCUUGCUUGCACAGCCACAGGUGUAUAAAGGGGAGUAGCAUUCUGUUCUGCGCGCGUUGGAGUAUACUGGGAGGAUAAUCCAUGGUCUUGGCGCGCAGCUAAGAUAUAACGCUCUAUAUGAGGCAUCAAGUGCAUAUCCAAAGCAACAGCGGCAAACAACGUGGAGCCGCUAUUAUGUAGCAUCUCCACUCUGUGACUCUCACCAGACAGAAGCCCAGCAAGGAUCCUGCUGGACUCCCAGUCAUUCCUGAAACAAGUAUCAGCGGAUGCUCAUUUUUAAAGGUGCAGCGUGCAGGUGUCUCACAGCUGAGCACUGAGUAGUCCCAGCACCCAGCACUGAAACAUGAAGGCCUGUAUUGCACUACUUGUAGCUGUUCUCCCCAUUCUCCAAGCUGCAUGUCCGGACAAAGAACCUGGUCUACAGCCAUGGGCUCCUGGUCAUAACGAGGCUCAUCGUGUAACCAUCGGUUACGGAAGGAAAGUGCUCCUCUCCUCUUCAGCCACAGUUCAUUCCAUUGAAAUCAACAACGGAGGAAAGCUUGUGAUUGCUGACACCAACCGACCAAUUAUUCUACGAGCCAAGCACAUCCUCGUAGGAGACAAGGGGGAGCUUCACAUCGGCAGCCCAGACUGCCCAUAUAAAGGCAACCUCACCUUAGCUCUGUUUGGGAGAUCUGAUGACCCCGAAGUGGACCACCACUACUUUGGCCGAAAGUACAUUGGGGUGGGCACAGGCGGUACUCUGGAGAUCCACGGGGAGAAGAAACUGGCUUGGACAUUCCUCAACAAGACCCUGCACCCAGGAGAGACCAACGAAGACAGCUACCACUUUGAGAGGGGCUGGGGCAACCGAGGAAUCAUCAUCCAUGUGAUAGAUCCCAAGUCUGGGGAGGUCCUCCACUCCGAUAGAUUUGACACAUACAGGAGCAAGGACGAGAGUCGUCGCCUGUCUCAAUAUGUGGAAGCGGUGGAAAAUGGGAUGAUCCUGGCGAUGGUGGUGAAUGAUGAAGGCUCCAAUAACCUGGAGGACACAGCCAAGAAGACCCUACUGAAGCUGGGCAGCCGACAGUUCCACCGCCUGGGGUUCCGUCAUCCCUGGAGUUUCAUCACCGUGAAAGGCGACGCGUCCACCUCUGUGGAAGAUCAUGCCAUCUAUCAAGGGACCAAGGCCUCGUCCGAAGCCAAGAGUUCACGCGUGUUUAAGUCGGGAUAUGGAGAGCAUUUCACCGUCACCACCUCCAGUCAAUGGGUGCAAGAGGCGGAGUGGACUGAGUGGUUUGACCGUGAUGACGAACGCGGUUCAGGCGACUGGGAGAAGCUGGCUGAACUCCAUAAGGCCUUCCCAGAACGCACCUGCAGCAACCCCAUGGACCUGCAGGUGGAAACCCAGGAUGGAGUUCCCUCCAAUAUGACGGGCGAGGUGUUCUACAAGAAUGACAAGGAGUAUGGAUUUGUGUGCCUCAAUAAGGAUCAGACUGAUGGAAUCUGCCACAACUACAGACUGCGUCUCCUCUGCGGAAAGCUGGUGAGGCCUCAGGCAUCCAUUACGAUUGACACCCACUCGAACAGCACUGUCCUGGAGCUGGCUGACGAUGGCCGGAGCUGGAGCCCUGGGGACACCGUGGUGGUGGCCAGCACAGACUACUCAAUGCUGCAGGCUGAGGAGUUCCAGGUUCUGCCAUGUAAAGCUUGUGCCUCCAACCAGGUCAAAGUGCAAGGGAAGCCAAACUACCUCCACAUAGGAGAGGAGGUGGAUGGAGUGGACAUGAGGGCGGAGGUGGCCAUGCUGACCAGGAACAUCCUCAUUAAGGGAGUGAUGGAGCCCGGCUGCUAUGGCAACGAAGCCUGCAAGUUCUUCGACUUUGAUACCUUUGGAGGACACAUAAAGGUGGAGCAUGGCUUCAAGGCUGUCCAUAUGCAAGGUGUGGAGAUGGUGCAUAUGGGCCAGCAGCUGAUGGGGCACUACCCCGUGCACUUCCAUAUGAACGGCGAUGUGGAUGAGAAAGGGGGCUACGACCCCCCCACGUACGUGCAGGAACUGUCCAUCCACCACACUUUCUCCCGCUGUGUGACGGUGCAUGGAUCCAACGGCCUUCUGGUGAAGGAUGUGGUGGGAUACAACUCCCUGGGCCACUGCUUCUUCACCGAGGACGGGCCCGAGGAACGCAACACCUUCGACCACUGCCUGGGGCUGCUGGUGAAGGCGGGCACUCUGCUGCCCUCCGACAGGGACAGCAAGAUGUGCCGAGACAUCACCGACGGCGCCUAUCCCGGCUAUGUGGCCAACCCCAGACAGGACUGCAGUGCCACAUCCACCUUCUGGAUUGCUAACCCCAAUAACAACCUCAUCAACUGUGCAGCAGCCGGCUCAGAGGAGACGGGAUUCUGGUUCAUCUUCCACCACAUCCCCACGGGGCCCUCGGAGGGCCUGUACCCCGCCGGGCGCACAGAACACACUCCCAUGGGCCAGUUCAUCAAUAACCGUGCCCACUCCAACUACAGGGCUGGAAUGAUCCUUGACAACGGAGUGAAAACCACACAAGCCAAUGCCAAGGAUAAGAGGCCCUUUCUGUCUCUCGUGGGUGCCAGGUACGGCCCGCACCAGGAUGCUGAUCCCUUCAAGCCCAGGGUCCCAGCCCUGAUCCACCAUUUUGUGGCCUACAAGAACCAGGACCACGGGGCGUGGCUGCGGGGGGGUGACGUGUGGCUCGACAACUGCCAAUUUGCUGAUAACGGAAUUGGCCUGACUCUCGCAAGUGGGGGCACCUUCCCGGAUGAUGAUGGCUCCCGGCAGGAGGUGAAGAACUCCUUGUUUGUGGGGGAGAGCGAGAACAGGGGGAUGCCCGUCCCCGACAGCCGUAUCUGGGGGCCUGGGGGGCCAGACCUCAAUGGAAGAACUCUUCCCAGAGGAGUGAACUUCCCCAUCCGAGGCAUGCAGAUCUACGACGGGCCCAUAAAUGUGCAGAACUGCACUUUCCGUAAAUACAUCGCCCUCGAUGGACGUCACACCAGCGCCUUCGGUUUCCGCCUCAACAACUCAUGGCAGAGCUGUCCCAACAACAACGUCACCGACAUCACCUUCGACAACGUCCCUAUCACGUCGCGGGUGUUCUUCGGGGAGCCCGGCCCUUGGUUCAACAAGAUGCAGAUGGACGGGGACAAGACCACGGUCUUCCACGACAUCGACGGCACGGUCAGCGAGUACCCCGGGGCCUUCCUGGUGAAGGACGAUAACUGGCUGCUGAGACACCCCGACUGCAUCGAUGUGCCUGACUGGAGGGCAGCCAUCUGCAGCGGACGCUACGCCCAGAUAUACAUUCAGAUACGUAACCCGGCCAACCUGGAUAUGAAGAUUGUGAAGGAUGAGUACCCAGAACACCCACUGAUCCUGGAAGGAGCCCUGGGAAAGAGGAACCACUACCAGCAGUUCCAGCCGGUGGUGACCCUGUCCAAGGGCUACACCGUGCACUGGGACCGGGCUGCCCCAGCCGAGGUCACCGUGUGGCUUAUCAACUUCAACAGGAAUGAAUGGAUAAACGUGGGGUUCUGCUAUCCUAAAGGGACAGCCUUCACCAUCAUAUCAGACAUUCACAACCGUCUCACCAAACAGACCAGGAAGACAGGGGUCUUCCUCAGAACCCAACAGAGGGAGAAGAUGGAGCACAGCCACUUGUCAAGGGGCUAUUACUACUGGGAGGAAGAGACUGGGCUCCUGUUCAUGAAGGUCAGAGCCUACAGUGAGAAGGAGGGUUUGGCCUUCUGUUCAGUGAAGGGAUGUGAGAGGAUAAAGAUUAAGGCUGUGAUCCCGAAGGGCAGCGGCCCCAGUGACUGCAUGGCAGAGGCCUACCCCAGAUACACAGAGAUGCCUGUUGUGGAUGUACCAAUGCCCAAGAAACUGCCCACCACCAAGCUGACUACAACAGAGCACUUCCUGGAGAUCAAACUGGAGUCAUACAACACUCGUUUCUUCCACAUCAAGGAUGACUUCGCAUAUGCAGAGGUGAACGGAAAGAAGAUCUACCAGGCCGAUGAUGGAGUGCAGCUGACCGUCAUCGACGGACACUGUGGCAAGGUGCUGGACAGCAAGAGCUUCAGAAACUCCAUUCUGCUGGGCAUCCCAGCUCAGAUCGAGAGCUACAUCGCUGGCCUACAGGACGAAUCCAUAGUGCUAAUCACAUCCAAAGGACGCCUUGUCACCAGAGGACCGUGGACGAAGAUACUUGAACAGCUUGGAGCAGACAAGAUUGUGAAAUUGAAAGAUAAACUGGCAUUUGUGGGCUUCAAAGGGAGCUUCCGUCCUGAUUGGGUGAAGUUAGUGGCGGACGAGGAGAAGUCCAAAAUCCACCAGGUUCUACCCAUCCCCGUGGUGAAGAAGAUGAAACUAUGAGACAGGACACGAGGAGAGAAGGGGGGACGUUCCCGCUGUCACCACUGCCCAAAAGGAUCGUGUGAGACUCGUGGAUGAUUCACAGAAAAGGACUACUGAAUCUGUGCAAAUCAAAAGCAUGUGUUAGUGCCACCUAGCUACCUUCCCAGUUGGUCUCGAUGUAUGUGAAAAAUGUGGAUGUGUGAUUCGAUUGUAUUGUUCGUUGACUAUACUUGACUUUACCGAAAAGAAAGAAAAGACAACAUUCCUCAUUUUUGUCCUGUUCAGUGGUGUUGACAUCUGUCUCAUUCCAGGAGAAAUUUAUCCUAUGCUGUGAUGGUUCCUGAUGUAAUAUUGUGAUGCUUUUUCAUAUAUUUGUUUCAUAUCAGAAUUUGUGGUCCAUUUGUUAAUGUUGUAGAUGUACCAGCAAGAAAUUUAAAACUAUAAUCUGUCUUAACUGUCAAGGCCAUUUACAUCAAAAAUGUCUCUUAAAUCAAUUUGAACAGACUGUCUAAUAUCUAACUACAAGUUACUGGAGAUGACUGACAUAGUUCACAUUUCCAUCAGUAAUGCAUUGGCCAAUAUUUUCGAUGUGGCAAGAAACAGGAUACUGGUUUCCCUUUGCCGAAAUAGCUGGACUUUUUUCGGAGAUUGUAGCUGUUAGUGUUUUGUAUGUUAAAUGUGUUUCUAAAAUACAUCAAGAUUGAUAACAGAGAUAUAUUUUAUACUUAUUUAUUGUACAGGCACAAUUGAACAAAUUUAGAAGGGACAUCUUUUGAGUUGUAAUGUAUUUGCUGUAUGUCUGUCCUAUCUGUAAAAACUGAUGCAAGCAUUUAAAAAAUGUACUACCACAAACUGUGUAAUUAAUACAGUAGUAUGCAUUAUCAAAAGUUGUUUUAGCAGUACAUGGAAUGGAUGUAAAAUAAAUAUGACUCGGUCGUGAACAUACUCAUGGCCCCUUGCUUUGGAUUAUAUCUAAAGACUUUUGUACAAAAACCAAUAAAUGAAAAAUUAAACCUA